GGUCAGCUAUAAAAUGCUCUUUCGACCCCCAAAUUUGCCCCUGUUCUCUCCAAUCCCUCUCUCAAUCUCUCAUUGUAGGGUUUCCCAAUUCUACUUCUUACGAGAAAUCCCAUACAACAAACACAACUAUGGCGGAAGAGGAUGUUCAAUACGCAUCAGAAGUUGGAGGAACAAACAAGAGGAAGUACGAAGACCAAACGACGCCUUCUCCUAUUCCUCGUAAACCCACAGGAUUCUCUGCAUCGAUUUCUGAUGGCUCCGGCGCGGCUCCUGCCGUGGCCUCUUACAACAGCGUUCCUCCACCUAUGGAUGAUUUCCAGCUGGCUAAGCAGAAGGCUCAGGAAAUCGCGGCUCGGCUCUUGAACAGUGCUGCCGAGCCGAAAAAAGCUCGUGUUGAUAACGGCGCUCCUGUUGCUUCUCCAUUUGAUUCCUUUGAACACAAACCCAUUGUUAAUCCAGCAGUUACAAGUUCAUAUGGUUAUCCGGGGGGAAGCAAGAAGAUUGAGGUACCAAAUGCGAGAGUUGGAGUGAUCAUAGGCAGAGGUGGGGAAACCAUCAAGUAUCUUCAACUACAGUCUGGAGCCAAGAUUCAGGUUACUAGAGACAUGGAUGCUGAUCCAAAUUCUCCAACUAGAGGGGUAGAACUCGUGGGUACACCAGAGCAAAUUGCUAAGGCUGAACAAUUAAUUAGUGAUGUUCUUGCUGAGGCUGAUGCAGGGGGUUCUGGCAUAGUUUCCCGGAGGAUAACUGGACAGGUGUCUGGAGCAGAACAAUUUGUAAUGAAAGUCCCCAACAACAAGGUUGGUCUUGUUAUUGGCAAAGGAGGUGAAACCAUAAAAAAUAUGCAAGCAACUACUGGAGCUCGUAUUCAGGUGAUUCCUUUACAUUUGCCUCCAGGUGAUACAUCAAGAGAGAGGACAGUACAAAUUGAUGGGUCAAGUGAACAGAUUGAGGCUGCUAAACAGCUGGUGUAUGAGGUUACUAGUGAGAAUCGUGUUAGAAAUUCAGGAAUGUCUGGAGGAUAUCCUCAACAAGGUUAUCAAGCUCGACCUCCUGCAAGCUGGGCUCCUCCUGGUGCGCAGAUGCAACAACCUGGUUAUGGUUACCUUCAACCUGGAGCAUACCCAGGUCCAUCCCCCCAGUAUAACAUGUCUCAACCACCCUACCCUGGUUACCCACCACAACCAGCCUCCUCUGGUUGGGACCAGGCAACUGCACCAAAUCAACAAACAUCCCAGGCAGGUGGGGCAGGUGGUUAUGAUUACUACAGUCAGCAGGCACCCCCACAACAACAGCAAACACCUGGAGGCUCAGCUGCUUCAACUGAUACUACCGCCUAUGGUUACAAUCAGCCAUCAGCCACAGGUUACAGCCAGGGACAAAGUUAUUCCCAAGAUGGGUAUGGUGGAUAUCAUGCACCUGGUCCUCAAUCUGGUUAUCAGGGUCCUGGUUAUGAUCAGCAACAAGGUUAUAGCUCUACUCCCGGUUACGGGAAUGUACCAAACCCAGCUUCUGAUGGCCACAACACUUCAUAUGGUGCGCAAAGUGAUGGCAGUCAAGCACCUGCACCAGUUCAGUCAUCAGCUACGGGUCAACAAGGAUAUCAGUCUGGCCAGCAGCCCAGCCCUAAUCCUAAUUACCCAUCUCAAGGGUUUACUCAGGCUGGGUAUGGCGGGCCACCUACUUCCCAAGUUGGGUAUGGUACCCUGCCAGCUGCUGGUUAUGGCCCCCCGCAAGCUCAAAAGCCUCCAACUACUCAGCCAGCUUAUGGUCAGCCACUGCAGUCUCCUAGUGCACAAGGAGGCUAUGCCCAGCCUCCACCAGUGCAGCCCGGGUUUCCACAGCCACAAACUGCUCAAUUGGGUUAUGGUCAGGGUGAUUCUGGGGCUCAGCGAGCUCCAUCGUCUUAUGGCACUCCAACAGCUCAACCUGGGUAUGGUGCACCAGCCUAUGGGGCUCCACCUAUCGCCCAGCCUAGCUAUGGGCAGCCGCCGCCACCUUACGGUAGUGCCUAUGCUGGUGGUUAUGCGCAGACUCCGGCGGGGUACUCCUCUGAUGGCAGUGGUAGUGGCGGUGCACGGGGAACCUAUGAUGCAAAUGCAACAUCCCAGUCUGUUCAGCCUAGUGCUGGGGGAGUUCCAAAAGCCUCUCCGAAGAGUUAACGGGCGUCUACUUGGAUGAUAGCUAGUUCCUUUUAAGGUUGUUUUCCAUGUAUUGUCUGCUUAGUGUUAAUGUUUAGGUCCUGUUGUGUAUUAGGAUAGAGUCCUAUAUUCAGUUUGUUUUUGGCAUCAUCUCAGGGGCGUGUGAACUUUUCCAUGUUAAGUUGAAAUAUGGGACAUAUGAGCUACUAAGAUUCCUUUGUCUCGAGUACUUU